UUCUUAUUCUGAAUUCAAAAUAUUGGCACGAAGCGAAAGGGAAGGCAGAAGGUCCAACGUUCACCAAUAGAUCUAUCACCAUCAUGUUGGAAAAUCAAGAGAAUCAGCCUGAGCGUGUGAUCCAGCAUAAAAUAUCGAGGGAAAACAUGAUUUCCCUUCAACAAAAGAUCUAUUACUCUGACAAGUAUACAGAUGAGGAAUUUGAAUACAGGCACGUUUUACUUCCGAAAGAAAUUGCCAAGUGGGUUCCAAAAAAUCAUUUGAUGAGUGAGGGUGAAUGGCGGAGUAUUGGUGUCCAGCAAAGCCAUGGAUGGAUGCACUACAUGCGACAUAAUCCAGAGCCGCAUGUGUUACUGUUCCGUCGCAGGCUUCCUGAGAAGUAGUGUCCCUGUUGUCAAGUUCUCUGUGUCAAUCAUCUGAUGUGUGCGGCAUACUCAGGAUCCGUCUGUGGUACCAUUCCCCAACAGGUUGUGUUCUUUGGACCGUUGACUGACGACGAAGUUACCUGCGCCACAACUGCUCAUGAUCGCCACAUUUGUACAUAUUUCACCCGUUGUCCCCAUAGUCAAGCCAUAAAUUCAUAUUUUCAAAUCUCAUCUCAUCCACGGUGUGUUCAAAUUUGAGCUGCAUUGUUUUAAGGUUUUGUUUUUGAAAUCAUAGACCUUUAUUAGACUCCGAGAGUGGGGGGGGGGGCUGUUGCUAAUAAGUCUACUUCUUGAGUACCGGUUCCUCUUACAUUGCUUCUGUCUAUCUUGCUCUUUCCUUCCCAGCAUUAAAUGACAGUUAUCAUGUCCAUGUGUUUCUCAAACUAAAUCAUCGAAUGGGGUACAAAGGAAAUAUCAGGUGGGACCAUGCACCUUAUAUUGAGUUAGGAAUGAAAAUUAUAAUGAUGGGUCAUUCUUGUCUUCCUUGUGGGUUUCUUGUUUGAAAUAGAUUGUGAGCAUACCUUUUGUAAAAGUGAACUUUUUUUCUUUCGUAACAAAUACAGUAAAAUCCCUCAACGCUUUGUACAGCAAUGUGAAUAAUUGAGACCAAGUGUAAACGUUCUGUAUAUGUUCUCCAAACUGUUGCAGGUGGUCGGAGGGUGCCACUGGUAGGUCCUACUUCUUUUUUUUCUCCCUGACGUUUCUGUCUGUCUUGCUUUUUCGUUGCACUUAAUGACCAUUGUGUUGGUGUGCUUCCCUUUUCUAAAACUAAAGCCCCUGUAGGUUUCCUGUUUUCCAUGGUCAAAUUAAUGAAACCCACUUUUUUAGUUUCAGAAGUGAUUUGAGAAUGCGAGAAUGUUCCGUAACCCGUUUAAACUUAAUCCAUUUGUUUCUGUAUCUGCGAAUGUCCUUUUUUUAACUCAGAAGUUCAAACAAGAACAUGACAAUUUAUAACUCAUCCCUCCUUGUACUCUAGGGGUGAGGAAUAUGUGAAUGGACUGGUAGGCUACUUCUGGGUACUAGAAAUAAUGUCAUCAGUUUUUACUUGUUCUCUUGUCAUAUUUGCACUGCCUAUGGGCCUUGUAUUGUUUUUGCUUUGGCCACACAUUUUCUGUAUUUUCUACUUCCAUUCUCUCACUCUCACAACUGUCUGUCCUGUUUCUAUGUUUGUAUGAUUUGAUUAAACUGGAUGCGCAUUUAA